AUGGAAUGUGUCACCUCUCCUUCUUACUCGAUCAUGAUCAAUGGCAGCCCACACGGGUUCUUCCCAGGUAAGCGAGGACUAAGGCAAGGUGACCCCAUGUCCCCGUCUCUCUUUAUUCUUUGCAUUGAAUAUUUCUCCCGCCUCCUUGCCUUGCACACACAUGGGGGAGGCUUCAACUUCCACCCGGGAUGUGCGAGGCUUGGCAUUACUCACCUCGCCUUUGCAGACGAUCUUAUGCUCUUUGGGAGAGGGGACAACUACUCGAUGCAGGUGCUUGCAGAUGCAAUAGAGGAGUUCUCGGCGUGCUCAGGGCUCGAAGUCAAUCAAGCCAAAUCUAACCUGUUUUUUGCAGGGACGAUGGCCGAGGAUACUAAGGCACACAUCACGCACAUGUUUGGCUACACUAGUGCAAAGCUUUCGGUCAAAUACUUGGGCAUCCCCUUGGCGUCAAAAUUACUCAAAACGGCGGACUAUUCGGACCUUAUACAGAAAAUGACGUCCACUGUUAAAAAAUGGAACGGUAAGUCGUUAUCUUGUGCGGGCAGAUUGGAGCUAAUCAAGUCUUGCUUGCAGGGGAUCGAGGCAUAUUGGCUCCAAGCUUUCCCGGUGCCGGACAAUGUGGCGUCGCGUAUAGUUGCCGUUGCGCGCAACUUCCUUUGGGCCUCCAAACAUGCGAAAGUGGCGUGGAGCACCAUCUGCCUGCCGAAGCAAGAAGGCGGUCUGGGUGUCCGAGAUAUUGGCACUUGGAAUACUACUCUUCAUACGAAGAUCCUUUGGAAUGUGCACACAAAGACAGAUAGCUUGUGGAUAAAGUGGAUCCACACGGAAAUUUUAAAAGAUGCCGACUUUUGGGAAUGA